GUCGUAAAGUAGAACAAUUUGCGACAGUUCAUGACGUCAUCAACAAGUUCCUGUGUCAAUCAACGUAUGCGCUACCAAUACAUAUAUUUUUUAUAUAUUUUGUAAUAGAUUGUUCGACAGUUUUUCGAAUAUAUGUUCUUAAUUAAUGUAACACAACCAUAGCGUUUUGAGAAGUUUUUGUUUUUAAACUGGGACACGAAUGUAACAUCCACAGUUAAAAGAGCUAGCUCGGUGAUGCUAGCAUUACGCUUUGGGUUUUGCUGGUAACAUUUCCUUGAUUAAUUACUAAUGUGAUUUGCACUCAAUUUGGAGGUGCGUAAUUCUGUAUGCAGUUGAUAAACUACACAGUUUGUCGCUUUCGAUAAUCGAUAAUUCGAUUCAUUACAAAUGUCAGCACAAAAGGACUGCGAGUUUUUGGUUAAAAGAGCUCGGGAACUGGUUCCCGAUGACCCUUGUGCGGCCAAAGCCUGGCUCAUUACUGCCAGAACCCUUUACCCUGCUGACUUCAACAUCCAGUAUGAAAUGUAUAUAAUAGAACGCAAUGCAGAAAGGACAUCCUGUGCAGGGAGGCUGCUUUAUGACAUGUUCUUAAAUUUUCCAGAUCAGCCCAUUGUGUGGCGUGAAAUCAGCGUCAUCACAGCCGCGCUGCGGAGUGACUCUCAAGACAAACAUUCACAGUUUCUUCGAGGGCUUUUUGAAACACUGCCUGGUCGUAUACAAUGUGAGAUGUUACUGAAAGCCACGGAGCAGUGCUUCAACACUUUGGAGAAGGCAGAGAUGCUGUUGCUGUUAUUAAAGCGCUUUCCAGAGUCUGUUGUCCAACAUGGGGUGAGUCUAGGUGAGACGUUGUUGGAGGCAGAGGCAUCUGAGAAAAUGGAGUCGCCUGUUAACUGCUUCAGAAAACUUUUCGUGUGCGAUGUCCUCCCUUUGCUAAUAAACAACAUGGAUAUGCGCCUGCCUGCCAGCCUGAUGCAGAAAUACAUUCUCAAAGCUGCUGAAUUCUACAUCGGCUAUGUCACCCGAGGACCUUCACCUGAUGGACAGAUGAAUGGUGAAGCAAAGCUCGAGUGGUGGUUCUUAGCAAUAAUCCUUAAUCUCAUAUUUUCUUCUGUCUUUCUCUCAGUCGCUCAAGAAAGCGGUGCUCUAAAGUCUCCUACUGUCUCACGGGGCUCCCAGCGUUACGUGAUUGACGGCUUAUCGGAAAAGUCGUCGGUGGUCGCCGAACCUUGGGAAAGGCUAUUGGACCUCCUGACAGUUGUUGGAGCUCGAUGUGAGUGGCAGGGAGACAAAGGACAAAGGAGCUACAUGGAUCUGCUUCAAAGAGUAAAGGAGCUGUGCCGCUACUUACCGGGCCUGGAGGGCGACACCAGGGCCCGCUACUGCAGUCAGGUGGUCAUCUGUGCCGCCUUAGUCCUCUUCCGCAACGCCUUCCUCUACAUCUCGACGGUACAGCCGGCGCUGUUCCAGGGUGUGAACACUCUGAACUCGGGGCCGUGGAUUCUUGUGGAGGAUUUGAGCUCGGUGUACAAUGAUCUGGAUUUGGAGCGAGGACCAGUCAAACACGCACAUAAGAAACGCAAAAUGGCAGACGGCAGAGAGAAGACCAUGAGCUCAGAUGAUGAGGAAGGCCUAGGCAAGAUGCGUGGUCGUCACAUCCUGGUGAACAAGACCGAGAUGCCCAACUGGUCUGAGACUCUGGAGAGCUUUUACACGGCCAGAGAAAGCUGGGACCUCCUUCACUCCCACGACAGCCUUGAAACUGAGUUUAAGAAGAUCUGCGCCUCGUGGAAGUCAGACAGCUGGCUUUGGUUUCGAAUUUUCCUCACAGACAUGAUCAUAUACCAGGGACAGUACCGUAAGGCACUCUCCAGCCUGCACCAGAUGGCCGCCGUGCAGCAGCCUCACCCAGGCCAGCAGAGCCCCUCAAGUCAGACCAGUCUGGAGCACCACAGGGCACUCAUACAACAAGCUUCCUGCCACUACGCACUGGGAGAACACAGGCUGGCCUGUGAGAAACUUCUUGAUGUUGUCAGUGGACUGGUAGCACCAAACCAUGAACCAACAAAGACCUCAGAAGACCAGACGAGAGUCAAGAUCAAAUCGAAGAAAAGUCAUGACCUGAGAUUACUCCCAUGCACCAGCAAGGCUGUUUUACCGUUCUGCCUUCAGCUGAUGCUGUCCUGUUUUAAGCUACGUGCCUUCACAGACAACAGGGACGACUUGUCGCUGGGUCACGUGGUGGUGCUCCUGCAGCACGACUGGCCUCAGGGCGAGAUGCUUUUUCUUAAGGCUGUGGACAAGAUCUGCCAGCAAGGCAGUUUCCAGUAUGAGAAUUUCUUCAAUUACGUCACCAAUAUUGACAUGCUGGAGGAAUUUGCAUAUCUCCGUACGCCAGACGGAGGGAGGAUCCAGCUGGAGCUGCUACCCAACCAGGGAAUGCUGAUUAAGAACCCUAGCCCCGCCCUGGGGGUGGAGUUAAACACCCUUCUGCUACAAGGGGUUCAGACGAUGGACAGACACCACACGGUGACAAGAGGCAUCACCAAAGGAGUGAAAGAGGAUUUCCGUCUGGCCAUGGAGAGACAAGUGUCGCGUUGUGGAGAGAACUUGCUCAGCGUCCUGCACCGUUUUUGCAUCAACGAGAAAAUCAUCAUCGUCCAGUCUCUGCCUUGACAUCGGUUCGGGGUACUUGUAAACGUUCUCAGUAAUGAGGUUAGACCGACUCUUUGACCUCUUUCACCACACUGAUAACGUUACAAUAAUGUGUCAUAUUCUUCAUUGUUGGUGUGUUAGGUAACAAACUUAACUACAAAAUUUUAAGUUGUCAUCACAAUGUGAUAUUUUGUCAAUAAUUAUCAAAGAACUUAGCUUUUGUGGGAAUAUUUUUCAUAGCGACAUUUUUACCUUUUAAUGUAACACAUGGUAAUUGCAGCUAUUCGGCAUUAGAUGGCAGCAGCGAGUAAAACAACAUAACCCUCCCAGUCAUUAUGAUGCAGUUCUACACAGUAAUCACUUCCAUGACCAUGUCAAUCAAAACCGAGCGUUAAUGUGAUUUUGAAGAAUAAAUUAAUAAAUGUUAAGUUUUGAUAUACAACCUUUGUUUUGGAUAUUUUAAGCCAGGGGUCUCAAACUCAUUUUACUUGGGGGCCACUGGAGCUCGGGUCUGGUUUAAAAAAAAAACGCAUUUAUUAAAAACAGAAAAAUGAAUAAACUUUGCUUUGGUUCCGAUUUUCUACAAUAAAAGCUCUGAUAAAACAUUC